AUGGCUAUGUUUAUCACUGCAGGAAACACACAGAAGCUGUUGCCACCAUUUGCAUUUGCUCCAACAACAGGCCUGGCAUCCUUUCAGCCUGGUGAAGCUCAAAAGUGUUGGUCAGCCCUUUCCAGCAUUCAAGGUUGUAUAUUGCAGAUAUCUACUUCUUUUUUCUAUGGACAAAUAGGGGUUAUUGGCCCCGCUUGUUGUCAGGCCAUCACUCAUAUUAGUGAUGAUUGUUGGCUUAAAAUGUUCCCUUUCAACCCCUUUUUCCCCCCAUUUCUCAGGAUUUCUUGUUCGUCUCCAACACCACCUGUAGGACCGAUAUUAAAUGGCAUCAACAAGGUGUCGUCGCCAUUGCAAUAUGGAAGUGAAGUUGAUAAAUGCUGGUCUUCACUUUCUAACGUUAAUAGGUGUAUUAUGGAGAUUUUUAAUUCACUUUCCGUUGGUCAAAUGUUUACUCUUAUUAGUCCUGCUUGUUGCAAUGCCAUAAUGAAACUCAACGACGUUUGCUGGCCUAAAUUGUUCCCUUUUUACCCGAACUUCUCUCCAUAUUUGAAGAACUACUGUGGUGGCACGACAGAAGCACCUAAAUGA